GCCACUGCUGCCCAGUGUUCUAUCACAGCAAUAGAAAAGUAACAAAGAUGCCCUCCCAAAUCUGAAACUCGGGCUUGGUGAUUUUGAAUACAGACAUAAUGGAAGUAAAUUUUCAGUUAGAAUCCCAGUUUUAUUGCCAUGGCACCAAAGCACGUUUAUAAUAAGUUGAAAAUGAUUUGGAGACUGCCUCCACUGUCCAUUAGUUAAGAAUUAAUUCUUUAACAAAAGCAUGCUUCCAGCAGAAUUCAGUCAGCUGACUAAUGCUUCUCCCAUAGCAUCUAGAUCCUGACCGCUGGCUCAUGUGAAUAUAUGCUAAAGGGACCUUGCAGCUCUGAUCACAUUUAGGAUCUUGAGAUUACGGGAUCUUCCUGGCUCAUGUGGAGGUGCCUGGUAUAGACACAGGGGUUCACAGAGAGAGGCAAAAGAUGAGAGGAGGGAGCAGCUCCUCCACAGAAGCAGAGGUCGUGAGUCUUAGGAAGGUGGCCUUUACAGCUGGAAAAGACAGAAAACAGAGUCUCCCCAAAGCCUCUUCAAGGAACCAGCCCUCUUGGCAUCUUUAUUUUACCCCUAAAAUCAUUUUGGAUUCUGACUUCCAGAAGUUCAAUAGGAUAAAUUUGUGUUGUGGGGAAGUCAUGAAGAUUGUGUUCACUUGUUAGAGCAGCAAGAGGAAACUCAGGGAAAUGAGUAGCAGCCAUUUCUGCUGUCAGUUGUCAUUAUUUCAAGUUGCUUUUAUGAGCAAAGCUUGUCUUACCUAGCAACACUUGUUAAGUAAAUUGACAACUUAGUGCCAGACACUCGGAGAGAGAAACUACUUAUCUCUUCCCAAAUCCAGUGUCCAUAGCUUUUAUGGCUGAGGCUGUUAGUACCAUUCCUUAGACAUAUAGCCACUGCCUAAUCAUGAUGAAUUGUUUAGUCCUUUCCAGCCACUAGCAGAAUCUUAAAACCCUGACCCUCUUUCCAGCUUUCUUAGAUUUAUAGCUUCUCUUGAAACUAUCUUUUUUCUGAUCCUGAUAUUAUUUUAACUGUAAGCAGUAAAAGGAAUCAGAAAUUUAACUAUGAUCAGAAAUCCAGAUUAUACUAAUUUUGUUUGCUGUGCUGUUUGCCAUAAAAUAAUCCCACCAGCCCCUUUCGGAGAAACCUUCAAACGGAUCCAUGAAUACAAGCCACUUAAGACACGCUUUUACACUCACAAAGAUAUACUGAGUAUUGGGGCAAGUAUUCUGAACCAAGAAGAGCAGCUUCAACAGGCUGCACUCAAGGAAAGCAUUGCAAAAGCAGAAGCUAGAGUGUGGCAGCAGGCUACUGAACUCCAAAAACAAGCAGUGGAAAAAGCCCUCGAGGAUGCAAAUGACAGGCACAAAUUUGAAAUUCAGUUGCUGGAAGAACAACAUCAAAAAGACUUAAAGGCUAUAGAAGAGAAAACCAAGAUAGAAAUGUUUCAAAACAUGGAUGAGGAACUGAAGAGAGAGAACUCUGCUGCAGAACAACGGAUGGUCCAUAGAAUCCAGAGGAUUAUGAUGGAGUGCCACAGAGAAAAGGUAGCAGCUGUGAAGAAAGCCAGGGAAGAGGAAAGAGAGAUUGCCCAGAAAGCCAUUCAGGAACAGAAAAGCAAGGCCGUGGAGGAAUUUGUGAGUACUGGUGUAACGACUAUUAAAGACCAGAAGACAAGCUUGGGCCAGCUGAUCAAAGCAAAGGAGCAUGAAAUGAACGCCUACUAUGGCCUGGCUCAGAGGCAGAAGCAAGAAGAAGUGCAGGUGGUGCUUCAGGAAGCGGAGAAAACACACCAGGCCAACCUUGACAAUGUGAUGGACAAGCUCGUCAACACCCAGGGGGAGCUGGUGUCUGUGGCAAGGCAGCUGGGAAUCAUGACAAACUGGAAAGAUUUCCUGGAGGAGGAAUUACAGGAGACCAGGGCAGCGUUUCAGAAGUACAUCAAUUACACCUUCCCCAAGCUCUCCCCAGGACAUGCCGACUUCAUUCUGCCGGAAAGAAAGAAAACACCUUCCCAUCUUCCUCAGGACAGUGCAAAGAAUACUAACUAGACAUCAGCUGAUAUGGCACCCCAAAAGACAGCGUUCCAAAGCUGAAUAAAUAUACUCAAUACCACUUACUGAUAUUUGUUCAGAGUACUAUA